CCACAGCCCCAGGACGCGCAGCAGGAGCGAACCGGGCAACCCCCCCUUUCCACCUGCCAGCAUCCCCCCCACAGGCCCACUCAGGCCCUCCCAGUGGGUUCUGCCCCCCCAUUCUCAGGGUCCCCCGCAGCGCUCCCGGCACACCCCAGGAAGGUGGGUCGGAGGCGGUCCCAGGCUAGUAGGCGGAGCCUGCGGUGUCCAGCCUCGGCUUCUAGACUCAACCCUCCCCAGAGCACAGCUUCGCCGAGCCCAUCUGAUGCAGGGCACAGGGACCCUUCUGUUCCUCAGAAACCUGUCAGGGCCCCGUUCCCCUCUCCACCCAGGAUCUUGAAUUCCGGUCUCCUUCGAGUAUUGGGUUCCAGCCUUUCACCUCCUUCUCCUUCAAGAUUCAGGAGUCCAGCCCUGCUGCUUCCUUCCUUUCCUAGACUCAGGGGUCCCCACCCAGGAUGCCCUCCGCCUCAGGACCCAGGAGUCCCAGAUAGCAGGUCCCUCCCCUCCCAGGAUCCAGGAGGUGAGGCCCUCCGCCCCUAUCUUUCACACCAGGGUUCUGGGUCCCCCGCUUCCUCCUCCCUCAGAGUAAGGUGUCAGGGUCGGCAGCCUUCGCCUCUGCAGCCCCUGGGCUCCACAAGUUAUGACCCAAAGCUACUCCUGUCCCACCUCCGCUGGGCCCUUUCCCUGCUAAACUCACUCACAGGGACAGCCUCCCGACCUCCACUCUGAGCCUGCCCUCUGUGGGGCGCCUGCCCUCCCCCACCUCCAUCCAGGUCCCCAUCCCGGCCUUGGCAAUGACCCUGGCAGCUUCCUCCCAGCGUUCCCAAUUCAUUCGCUCCAAGUUCCGAUCUGUCCUCCAGCUUCGGAUCCACAGACGGAAUCAGGAGCGGAUCUCGGAUCCUGACCCGUGGAUCUCAGCCUCCAGCCCUGCUCUAGCCCCAGCCUUGCCCUCGGGCACAGCCCCUUUCCUCUUCAGCCCUGGGGUCCUGCUCCCUGAGCCCGAAUCGUGUCCUCCUUGGAGGUCCCUGAAGAAGGAGUCUCCCAAGACCUCCCAACGGUGGAGGGAGCCCAAGCCCACGGGGAACUUGACAUACCACCAGUACAUGCCCCCAGAGCCCAGACAGGGAGCCAGGGCUGGCCCCCAAGCCGAGGAGUCCGCCCUGGGUCCUCCGGGGCCACCUCUGUGGGAAGGGACAGAGUCACAGCUGCCACAUCCUAGGAUGAAGCCCACUCCCCUCACUCCCCGCCCACCAGGAGUCCUCAGACCCUCGCCCCCUCCACACAAGUUGGAACUCCAGACCCUUAAACUGGAGGAGCUGACGGUCUCAGAGCUCCGGCAGCAGCUGCGCCUGCGGGGCCUCCCAGUGUCGGGGACCAAGUCUAUGCUCCUGGAGCGCAUGCGCGGCGGCGCCACGCCCCGCGAGCGGCCGAAGCCGCGGCGCGAGGACAGUCCCGCGGGUGCUCCCUGGCCGCGCCUCAGGCCCAAGGCCCUGGCAGCCGCCCGGCGGCCGAGCUCGGUCAAGCCCAGCGCCGCAUCUCACCUGCCAUCUCUUCCACGUGCCGCGGACAUCCCGGGGAUGGCUCCAGCUCCAGCUCCCGCUCUGGCUGCAGCUCCAGCCCUGACCCCUUCCUCAGCGCCGGCUUCCGUGGCUCUGACUCUGGAGGAGGAGCUGCAGGAAGCAAUCUGGAGGGCGCAGUUGCUUCCGAACCGGGGCAUCGAUGACAUCCUGGGGGAUCCGGUGGAGCCUGUUGACCCCCUGCCUCCCAUCCCCCUGGACUUCCCUGGCUCCUUCGACGUGCUGUCUCCCUCCCCGGGCUCAGAAGGCCUCUCAUCUGUUUUCUCCUCUUCAUUCCCGUCCCCUACGAACUCCUCCUCUCCUUCUCCCAGGGACCCCACGGACUCCCUGGACUGGCUGGAGUCCCUGAGUGGGGGUCCUCCCCUGGGUUCUGGUCCCCCAGCCCCCAGCAUCUUCUCCGCUGACUUAUCUGACUCUGGCAGCAGCCGGCUGUGGGACCUGCUGGAGGGCCCAUGGUGAUGGAUUCGGGGGCUUCCAAAAAGAGAAAUGGUGGGGGUGGAAAGCAGCUCCCUGGGUGGGGCGAGAAGGACCAGCAGAGCCCUUCCUACCGCAGACACAGGACUGGAGACCACCUCCCACCCCACCUGCCUCCUGAAGUGCUGCUGACCGAAACUGCCUGAACUUUGCCUACUUGGCCCCCUUACCAUGCGCCUCCAGGGUUGUACGGUUGGGGGGCUUCUUUCGCUGCUGGCCACGGCAAACAAGCUGCUUGCUGCUUCUUUCAGAGACCUCAUGGAUGUUUUUACAUGUACCCACCCCCAGCAGAUGGCUGCCUAUUGUCUGGGGGGCCUAGAGAGUGGUUAUGCCUUUGGGAUACAGGAGAGGAGCAAGAAAGAGUGGAGGGGGAGAAUGGGGGGCAAGGACUUGACCCCCCAGGGUUCUGGUUGGAGAUGAAAGUAUUAGAAACAUCUGGUCUAAGAUCAGCUUCUCUUGGAAGCAGAGCUUGAGGUAAGAUAUAGAUGCAAGUGAUUUAUUAAA